GGUUUGUGCUCUGUUCUCUCUCUAUCUUUCUUCCGCAUCUCCUCACCAACGAAUUUUCGCGAUUGAGUUCCGUUUGCCAUUCAGAGCGACUCUCAGGCUUCGCCUUCCUUUUGCAAGGUUAGAGAUAGCUACCACACAUCACCUACCCAGCUUCGCUUCUCGUCUACUGAAGCUUCUCGAGCUUCUCCGUCUACUUGGGGCUGCGCAGUUCGAUCAUCGAUUGACUGGUUCCAGCUCGGCUUUGUGAUUCCGGAUAGAAGAUUGACUGACUGGGGGUCAAUGUUCGAGCCUUUGAAGUCGUCGCAGGUUAUUGGUGUUUAUUGGUGCUUGGUGAUAUACUGAAGGCUUGGAGUGAGGAUAGAGACAAGUGUUGAUUUGCUUGGAGAUAGAUGUAUCGUCAGUUAUGGUAACAUCUUUUGUACAUUGUAGUAGAGGACUUCGAAGGAGCUGCUCUAUUCGAGGGGCGAAGAUGCCUUCUUCCUAUUUCUCAGAACUAAGGUCUGCUGUUCAGAAUGGUAUUCGGAAAUCGGCUGCAGGAUGUGAUGGCGGUGUGCAGAGCUCGGUGGAAGUUUUAGUUGGGCAAGGAAAGUUGUGGUCUGGAAAUUUGAGGUGUUUCCACUCUGUACCAUCCUCUGCGGUAUCUGGGUUGAAUGUGCUUUUGCGGCCGGGGACUGUUUUUCACUCAAGAUCCGAUUCUCAGUUAGGACUCAAACGUGAUUACUGCAGUGGAGUUUCACCUGGGUAUGGGCUGGGCAUCAGAAAUUCGAGGAACUGCAGCAACUUCUCAAGAGGGUUUCUGGGAAAAUCCAGGAGUUUCAGCAGCAGUGGGGAGGGGGAGUCGAUACAGUACGAUGUGGUCAUUGUAGGGGCUGGACCUGCCGGACUGUCAGCGGCGAUAAGGUUGAAGCAGAUGUGCCGUGGAAAGGACUCUGAUUUGUCUGUCUGUGUUGUUGAGAAAGGAGCUGAAGUGGGUGCUCACAUCCUCUCCGGGAAUGUUUUUGAACCUCGGGCACUGGAUGAGCUUAUCCCACAGUGGAAAAAUGAGGAGGCUCCAAUCAAUGUCCCCGUUUCAUCAGACAAGUUCUGGUUUCUGACUAAGGAUCGUGCAUUUUCACUUCCAUGCCCUUUCGAUAACAAGGGAAACUACGUUAUCAGUUUGAGUCAGCUAGUGAGGUGGUUGGGAAAGAAAGCUGAAGAACUGGGCGUAGAAAUUUAUCCUGGGUUUGCGGCCAGUGAGGUACUUUAUGAUGAUGACACGGUCGUGGGCAUCAAGACCAAUGACAUGGGCAUCUCGAAAGACGGUACAAAGAAGGAGACUUUUCAACAGGGUGUAGCUUUGAAAGACUUUCUUGAUAAGGUGACAAGAGAAGAAGUGAUGAUGCCUGAUUCCUCUUCCACAUUGCAGAAGUCAGAGAUCACAGGUCGGAUAACUUUGCUAGCUGAGGGCUGUCGGGGAUCACUAUCAGAGAAACUGUUGCGAAAAUUUAACUUGAGGGAGAAGGGGCAUGGGCAGCAUCAGACAUAUGCUUUGGGGAUUAAAGAGGUUUGGGAAAUCGAGGAGCACAAGCAUAAACCUGGUUCUGUCAUUCAUACUUUGGGAUGGCCCUUAGACAACAAGACAUAUGGAGGAUCUUUUUUGUACCACAUGAACGACAGACAGGUUUCUCUUGGUUUCGUGGUUGCUUUGAAUUAUGGGAACCCGUACUUAAACCCAUAUGAAGAGUUUCAGAAACUGAAACAUCACCCUGCUAUCAAAUGCUUAUUAGACGGUGGAAGCGUUCUCCAGUAUGGGGCUCGUACUCUAAAUGAAGGUGGUUUUCAGUCUAUUCCAUUUCCGGUCUUUCCUGGUGGAGCAAUUAUCGGAUGUUCCGCUGGUUUCUUGAAUGUGCCAAAAAUCAAGGGAACACACACAGCUAUGAAGUCAGGAAUGUUAGCAGCAGAAGCAGCAUUUUCUGCACUUCAAGAAGGAUCGAGCAUGGACAUGUAUUGGGAUGCACUAAGGAAAUCUUGGAUUUGGGAGGAACUUCGCCUAGCUCGCAACUAUAGACCAGCAUUUGAAUAUGGGCUUCUUCCUGGCUUGGGUGUGAGCGCUUUUGAACACUAUGUCUUCAAAGGAAGGCUGCCUUUCACCUUGAAGCAUGGGAAACCUGAUCAUGAAGCAACAGAUGUGGCAAAGCGACACCCUCCCAUUGAAUACCCGAGACCUGAUGGCACUCUAUCCUUUGAUGUCCCAACGUCUUUACACAGGAGCAACACAAAUCAUGAUCAUGACCAACCGCCUCAUCUGCGCCUAAGGGACCCCACAGUGCCCGAACGAGUGAAUCUUCCGGAGUAUGCUGGACCAGAGUCUCGAUAUUGCCCUGCUCGUGUAUACGAGUAUGUUCCAGAUGAAGAGGGAAAGCUCAAGCUGCACAUAAAUGCUCAGAAUUGCCUACAUUGCAAGGCUUGCGAUAUUAAAGAUCCUAAACAGAACAUUGAGUGGACAGUGCCAGAAGGAGGCGGCGGGCCGGGGUAUUCAAUUAUGUAGAAUUCGUGUUCGUAUAGCGAAUCUCUCGUGAUAUUCCUUUUGCUGUAUGUUGUACAUAAAGAAGCCUGUGAGUUUUCAGGAAUCUCAGUUGCCAAAUAAGUUUUGUACAUUGUUCAUCUUUCUGCUGAUUUUCGAGGCAAACAUGAAUAAACUGGCAUUGCUUGUAUCUCUGAUACAUGUUGCACGGUACAAAAGUUGCGAUGUCUCUCUUGCAAGGGUCUCAUCUAUGAUGAUGGUAUAUCAAUCAGUUUAAAGUUCUAACUU